UAUAUAUCAAACCAAACCAAAUAUAUUUCCAUUUGAACAGAACCGUUACCGUGGCAAACUUGGUCCAUUUUAGACCCAUACCACGUAAAAUGAACAAGCCCCCAAAUACUAUUUCAUACUACACAGUAGAUGGCGAUAAUGCUCUAUUAAGAAAGCAAUCUUCCAAUCAGCUCAAAGUAGAAAGUUUUCUCAGCCGCUGGAUGUCGCUGUACGAGCAGGUCUGCGUGUGAAUAUCAGCCGAAGAAAAGACAACAAUGGCGGCGACCUGCUCGUGGAAGUUAGACAAAGAAACGGGGCAGGAUGCGCUUAUCGCCAGGAUGACAAGAGAAAAAUGGCAGGACAGGCUGAAGUCUGUGGAGCAGAGAGCCUCAUCUUUUCAGUCUUCUCCUCUGAGCUGUCCGUACAAGCCCCGUCUGUCCCGGCCAUGGCAGCCCUCCUCUGUCUGGAGACUCUUCCCACGGCAGAACGCAGCCAUCACCUUCACUCAGCACAUUAAACAGGACGUGCAUUUAUUUUCGUUGGAGAAGGAAGGCAGUGAUGCUGGACAGAGGAUUUUCCUAGUGACCAGCUACAGUGAACUCUGGCAUUACUACAGCACUCACAGACAGUCUCUGAUGCACUGUUAUGAGGUCAUUCUGGAAGGGGCCGUCUGCAAACUCUACUUUGACUUAGAGUUCGACAAAGCCUCCAACACGCACCUGGACGGCAAGAUGAUGGUGACAAAACUAAUUCAAUAUGUGUGUGAGAAGCUCGAGGAGGUUUACGGUCUACGCUGCUCUGCAAAAGAUGUCCUUAAUCUAGACUCCAGCACCACUGAGAAGUUUAGUCGUCAUCUUAUCUUCAUGCUUCCCAGUGCUGCAUUCAAAGACAACUCUCAUGUUGGUCGAUUUAUUCAUGAUAUCCUACAUCCUGCUCUAAAAAGCCUUCAGAAAAGCAAACCAGAGGCACCCACAACAGAAGUUUGUCCAAGAGAGAACAGAGCUGAUGUGGAUGGAUCACAGGCCAAGAGAAGAAAGUAUGAAGAGAAGGAUCUUGACUUUCUGAUAGUGAAGAGCAAAAAUGGACAAGAACAACUUUUUGUUGACCUGGGGGUCUACACCAAGAACAGAAACUUCCGUCUCUACAAGUCCUCCAAACUUGGAAAGAAUGCUGCCUUUUGUGUGGCAGAAGACAACAAGUUUGUCCCAAAGCCCUCCAAGCACACCACAAAAGAAGAAUGCAUAUUUUUAACUUCCUUAAUCACCAAUAUCAGUUUCACAGGACAGAGGAUUUUGACUUAUGAUAUGCCACAGAAGAGUACAGCAGGAUCUCAGUGUCUGUCCCCUCAGAGAGAGCCACAUAGCUCUGAUCUGUUGGGUGAACAGAAGCUAUCUUCUUUUAAAGAGGUGGAUGAAUUCGUGCUGACACUCUUGUGCAAAGACGGCAUUCAAGGAAGCAUCCGGAGAUGGAACUACUUUGCGUCUGAACAGCUGUUGGUUUAUGAUAUCGAGAAAUUCCGCUGGUGCCACAACGUGAAGCGCUUUCACAAGAGCAACAACAUCAUAAUUGUGGUGGAUCUCAAAGAAGAAGUGUGGUAUCAGAGAUGUCAUGACCCUGAGUGCAGAAGACAGAACUACAGAUCCUCCAGCUUCCCACUGCCUCAAGAAGUCUGCAUGAGCCACCUGCUGAUGGAGGAUGAGGAGGAUCAGGCAUAUUUAACGGAUGAACUGGGGAACAUCGAGCUUGCCCAGACUUCUGUACCCAGGACUGAUUCCUCGGCUCCUCAGGCUGAGAAAGCUGAGGACUGGGGAGAGUGGCCGGAUGACCCUGCUUAUCUGGAAGCUCUGCAGGAAGUAGAAAGGGCCACUGAAGAGGUACCCGAUGAGCUUCUGCUCCAGGCAGUGAUCGAGUGUGAAUGAUGGCCUUGUAACCUAAAAGUCCCUGGAUGGAGAAUGUCAUUAUUAACAAACUAGUGCAAUACCUGAAGUUCUUUAUUUCUUUCUUUUCUUUCUAUGCAUUAAACUGUAAAGUAUAUGUUCUUAAAUUCUGUUUCCUAACAAACUGUAUUUUCGAAAUGUUCAAAGAUAAUUUAUUUCCAUAAAUUAUUUUAGAUUAUAUGACUUUGGAUAUUACAAGUGUGUAAAAUGUAUUAGAUUUUAUAUACAUAGAUGGAUUAAUUUGGAAGCACAAUACUUAUUAGCUUGAGUAGAACAUUAAAAUACACUUUACAAAUUAAACAACAGACAAAUUGAUCUUGAUUGUACCUUUGACCCCUUUUUAAAGAGGUAAAAUUUUAACCUACUAAAAAGAAAACUUCAAUUUUAAUGUAACUCUUGCUUUAAAUUAAACAUUUGGCAUGAAGUAAAAUGUGUUGUCAAACGUCAUUGUACCUUUUCAAACACUUUAAUUUAAAACCAAAAAGUGAGUAAAAAUUAUUGUGAAAAGUUAAAUGAAUGGAAAAUUGAUUUUGUUACUUAUCUGAUUCAUAGAAUCACAGUAAAACAAUAGAAAAUGUAUUAGCAAACGUAGCAUGAUAAACACAUGAUUUAAAGUCAUGUUUCCUCCACUAGAGGGCAGCAGUGGCCUCUUACUGAGCAGAGAUGAAUGUUUAUCACGAAAGGCCAAGCGUGUUAUUUAUUUCUGAAACGCUGCUGUCUGACUGUACAUCUAUCAAUCUAUCUAUUUUCAUCUCUUCACUGAAAGAGUGCUUCUGUAUUGUUUCCUAUACUGAGAUGCUUUCCCAUAUAUCCCAUAUUAAUAAUAAGGUACUAUUAUUAACAAUAACAACUUCAUUAAUAAUAAACCUUAUAAUCUAAGACAUAUGCAUAUAUAUAAUGUAUUUGUGUGUAUAUAUGUACAGCAUAAACUUUUUUUUAAAUUAGUGUCUCAGUGAAGCGACAUGUCUUUUUUUACAUUGUAGAACUCACCUUCACCUGAUUUAGUGUCAGGUUUGUAAUCUCAGGUCAGUGAGGGACAUUCUAAAGCACGUAUGAACUGGCUGGCAAUCUGUUGUGUUCAUUCUGAAAUGGUCUUAUAUCAGGGGGUUAAAAAGAUUACAGAAAUAUGAUUUAAAAAAUAGGGUCAACCCUCUACAAUACCAGAGAAGUACAAUUUUAGAUUUAUUAUUUAGUUAAAUAAUGAUUUACUGUG